AUAAACACACUGGCGAGUGUGAGGACAGGAGAGAGGACCGUAAGAGUGGACAGGAAGAGAGGACAGGUAGGGGGACAGGUGAGAGGACUGGGGAGGGAACAGGUGAGAGGACAAGUGAGAUGACAGGAAGAAAUUAAGAGACAAAGAAGGAAAGGAACUCUUCAAACUGUCAGAAUCAGUUUUCUUCGCAAAGAGAGAAGACAAAUUCUCCUCAAAUUCAGCCAAAACUCUACUACUUUCUAAGCUGUUUCUGGGAAACCUAAGGAAGAAAAGAGAGAAGACACACAGGAUAGAAGAGACACAGGAGAGGAGAGAAAGAGAGCCCUGAACUCACAGGAGAGUUAAGUGUCUCUAACAACAAGAAAACAAGCAGCUCACUGUCUCACUAGCCUACCCGGAGAGAAGGAAUACUCUGCACCUCUCUGUCUGAGGAGCACGUAAGAGAGGGAAAAAACAACAAGAGAAGAGAUAAAUGAAGGAGUGACAAGCGGGAUUCAAACUAAUCAAACCUGCUGACGACAAGAAAAAUAAGAGUGGAAGAAGAGAGAGAUAACAUCACAUCGAACCACUUGGAAAACAUGGAAAGGAGGGAAUGUACAUUUAUGCGUACAAGGAACUCAUAGAAGGAAGAGAAAGAUAAAGCAAUUGAAAUGAACGUCUGUCCAGCCUCCACACUUCCUAGAACGUCUGUCCAGCCUCCACACUGCCUAGAACGUCUGUCCAGCCUCCACACUUCCUAGAACGUCUGUCCAGCCUCCACACUGCCUAGAACGUCUGUCCAGCCUCCACACUGCCUAGAACGUCUGUCCAGCCUCCACACUGCCUUGAACGUCUGUCCAGCCUCCACACUGCCUAGAACGUCUGUCCAGCCUCCACACUGCCUAGAAAGUCUGCCCAGCCUCCACACUGCCUAGAAUGUCUGCCCAGCCUCCACACUGCCCAGAAUGUCUGCCCAGCCUCCACACUGCCUAGAACGUCUGUCCAGCCUCCACACUGCCUAGAACGUCCGUCCAGCCUCCACACUGCCUAGAACGUCUGUCCAGCCUCCACACUGCCUAGAACGUCCGUCCAGCCUCCACACUGCCUAGAACGUCUGAUUGGGGAUUUGGUAUUUAGACUGCAGAGCUGAAACCGCCGCUCUGUCUGUUAACCCGGUCACCGCUGUUCUGUAUAUGAGAAUAUGUCCUCAGUGUCUAAAACUGUCUAACAGAGUUGAAUGAUUAAAUGAAUGAAAAUACGACAAUACAAUGUCUCAGGAGGAUGGUAGGAGUGUCGGGAGCGCGGGGAGCGCGGGGGCGGACAGCGAGUCGGACCACAAUGAACACCAGACCACUAUCCAGAACCAGACGUACGGUCAGGACCAAGACCAGGAUCCAGACCAGGUAUUAGAAGAUGUGAUUGUAGUACUGGACCGGAUCGCCAGUCUCUCUGUGGACAUGUUUGAGCCCAGCGACUUCAAGGGAAGGUUCACUAAGAUCAAGUCCAGAUCCAGGAAGAAAACCCAGAUCAUCAGAGCCUCUCCGGUGGGCCUAAAGCCACCCCUCCCCCCCACCAGCGGUCCCUCGUCAGAGAGGAAGGGUCCCGUCGCCAUGGUGCCUGUUACUGUGGACCCCGAGAGCAAGCCAGGGGAGUUCGUCCUCAAGAGUCUGUUCGCUAACUUCACCUCCGUCUCCGAGAGGAAGAUACGCAUCAUCAUGGCCGAACCAAUGGAGAAGCCUCUCAACAAGUCACUACAGAGAGGAGAGGAUCUACAGUUUGACCAGUUAAUCAGUACAAUGAGUUCUCUGGCUGAGUACUGUCUCCCCUCCAUUCUGAAGACACUGUUUGACUGGUAUAAACGACAAAAUGGACUAGAGGACGAGAGUCAUGAAUACAGACCCAGGGCCAACACCAAGUCCAAGAGUGAUGAGCAGCAGAAGGACUACUUGCUGGAGAGGAGGGAUCUGGCCAUAGACUUCAUCUUCUCCCUGGUGCUCAUAGAAGUACUCAAACAGAUCCCACUCCAUCCUCUGAUGGAUGGGUUGAUUCAGGAAGUUAUUAACCUGGCUUUCAAACACUUCAAGUACAAGGAGGGCUACCUCGGUCCCAACACAGGGAACAUGCACAUGGUGGCUGACCUCUAUGCUGAGGUGGUGGGGGUCGUAGCACAGUCCAGAUUCCCUGCUGUGAGGAAGAAGUUCAUCUCUGAGCUGAAGGAGUUGAGACAGAAGGAACAGAACCACUAUGUUUUCCAGUCUACCAUCAGCCUCAUCAUGGGAGUCAAGUUCUUCAGGAUUAAGAUGUACCCUGUGGAGGACUUCGAGGCCUCCUUCCAGUUCAUGCAGGAGUGUGCCCAGUAUUUCCUGGAGGUGAAGGAUAAGGACAUUAAACAUUCUCUAGCUGGACUCUUCGUAGAGAUACUGGUUCCUGUAGCUGCAACGGUGAAGAACGAGGUGAAUGUUCCGUGUCUGAGGAACUUUGUAGAAAGUCUGUAUGACACUACGCUGGACCUGUCCUCUAGGAAGAAGCACUCUCUGGCUCUGUUUCCGUUGGUUACCUGUCUGCUGUGUGUCAGUCAGAAGCAGCUCUUCCUCAACAGAUGGCACAUCUUCCUCAACAACUGUCUCUCCAACCUCAAGAAUAAGGAUCCCAAGAUGGCCCGUGUGGCUCUGGAGGCUCUCUACCGGCUCCUCUGGGUCUAUAUGAUCAGGAUCAAGUGUGAGAGCAACACCGGAACACAGAGUCGUCUGACGUCCAUCACCACCACUCUGUUCCCUAAGGGCAGUCGUAGUGUCGUACCCAGAGACAUGCCACUCAACAUCUUUGUCAAGAUCAUACAAUUUAUAGCCCAGGAAAGACUCGAUUUUGCCAUGAAGGAGAUCAUCUUUGACCUGCUGUGUGUCGGGAAGCCUGCCAAAGCUUUCAGUCUCAACCCAGAGCGUAUGAACAUAGGUCUGAGGGCCUUCCUGGUGAUAGCUGAUGCCCUGCAGCAGAAGGACGGGGAGCCUCCCAUGCCCAACACUGGAGCCACUCUGCCCUCUGGAAACUCUCUGAAGAAGAAGAAGACUUACCUCAGCAAGACGCUCACUGAGGACGAAGCCCAACUCAUAGGUAUGUCUCUGUACUACUCCCAGGUGCGUAAGGCCAUAGACAACAUCCUGAGACACUUGGACAAGGAGGUGGGCCGCUGUAUGAUGCUCACUAACGUACAGAUGCUCAACAAGGAACCAGAGGACAUGAUCACAGGGGAGAGAAAGCCUAAGAUAGAUCUGUUCAGGACGUGUGUGGCAGCUAUUCCUCGUAUCCUCCCUGACAGCAUGUCCAAACCUGAACUCAUAGACCUUUUGUCACGCCUGACUGUCCACAUGGACGACGAGCUCCGCCUCAUCUCCCAGAAUUCCUUGCAGAGCCUGCUGCUGGAUUUCUCUGAUUGGAGGGAGGACGUCCUGUUUGGAUAUACACACUUCCUGCUCCGAGAGGUCCAGGACACACACCAGGGUCUGCAGGACUCCUCUAUCAAACUACUGCUGCAACUGCUCACACAGUGGAGACUCACACUGCAGGUCCCUGGGAACAAACGGGCUGCUGAGGCCAGUCCCAGACUACCAGACCGUAGUCCUCACUGCUCAGUGCUUCAUGCUGUAGAAGGCCUGGCUCUGCUGCUCCUCUGCUCCUGUCAGACCAGCACACGCAAACUGGCUGUGUCUGUUCUCAGAGAAAUACGCAUUCUCUUCAAUACUAUAGGACACGCAGAGGAUGAUGACAAGCCUAUGAUAGAGGUGAUGGACCAGCUCAGUCCUGCUGUUAUGGACAGCUUUGUACACGUAAACCCAGUCUUACUGUGUCCGUCCUCUGUAAGCUCUGUUUCACUGCUUUAUCUUGGUUGGUGGUAGCUGGACAGCCAGACUGUAGUGAGCAGUGCCUACGACGUGAAGAGUCCCAGCCAUGUAUGGAUCUAUGCCCAGUGUGUCAAAGACCCCUGGGUACUCUGUCUACACAGCUUCCUGCGCCAGGAACACCUCCCCAAACUCUGCCCUACCGCUCUCAGCUACGCCUGCUGCUGCUGCCUGCUGGUUGACCCCAACAGUCCAGUGAAUGCUAAGAAGACCUCGUCGGCCGGCUCCAGUGACAGCUCCAUCUCUCUGUGGCGGAACUACCUGAUCCUGUGUCUGGGCGUGGCCAAACCCAGCAUCAUGUCACCUGGGCACCUGAGAGCCUCCACACCUGAAAUCACUGCUACCACACCUGACGGCAGUGUUACCUACGACAACAAGGUGAUUGGUACUCCAUCAGUGGCGUGGCUCCUGAAACAGCUGGUCCCUCUGAUGAGAGCUGAGAGCAUAGAGAUCACUGAAUGUCUAGUGCUGGGCCUCGGACGCACCAACGCACUGGUGUUCAGAGAAUUAGUGGAGGAGCUCCACCCACUGAUGAAGGAAGCCCUGGAACGGAGACCUGAGAAUAAGAAGCGUCGUGAGAGGAGGGACCUGCUCAGACUGCAGCUUCUCAGAAUCUUUGAACUGCUGGCCGACGCUGGAGUUAUCAGUGACAGUACUAACGGAGCGUUGGAGCGUGACAGCCUGGCGUUAGGAGCUCUGUUCCUGGAGUACGUGGACCUGACCAGGAUGCUGCUGGAAGCCGAGAACGACAAGGAGCUGGAUGUCCUCAAAGACAUCAGGGCCCACUUCUCUGGCAUGGUGGCCAACCUCAUACAGUGUGUCCCUGUCCACCACCGGCGUUUCCUGUUCCCCCAGCAGUCUCUGAGGCACCACCUCUUCAUCCUGUUCAGCCAAUGGGCUGGCCCCUUCAGCGUGAUGUUCACGCCCCUCGACCGCUACAGCGACCGCAACCACCAGAUCACCAGAUAUCAAUACUGUUCUCUGAAGGCGAUGUCCGCGGUGCUGUGUUGUGGUCCAGUGUUUGACAACGUGGGUCUCUCUACUGACGGAUAUCUCUACAAAUGGCUGGACAACAUCCUGGCCUGCCACGACAUACGGGUGCACCGUCUGGGCUGUGAGGUGGUGAUUCUGCUGUUAGAGCUGAACCCAGAUCAGGUGAACCUGUUUAACUGGGCUGUAGACCGCUGCUUCACUGGCUCCUACCAACUGGCCUCAGGAUGCUUCAAGGCCAUCGCUACUGUCUGUGGCAGCAGGAACUACCCAUGUGACAUUGUGACUCUGUUGAACCUGGUGCUGUUCAAGUCUUCAGACACCAGCAGAGAGAUAUACGAGAUCUCCAUGCAGCUGAUGCAGGUUCUGGAAGCCAAGCUGUGUGUGUACUCUAAGCGCAUGGUGGAGCAGAAGCCUGGUAACAUUCUGUAUGGGACCCAUGGACCUCUACCUCCUCUCUACAGCGUCUCUCUGUCCUCACUCUCUACACAGCUGGCCUCCAUGUACCCCGAGCUCACUCUGCCUCUCUUCUCAGAGGUGUCCCAGCGUUUCUCCACCACCCAUCCUAACGGCAGACAGAUCAUGUUGUCCUACCUGCUACCCUGGCUGUCUAACAUAGAGCUGGUGGAUACAGGCCUCCUACCCCCUGCUUCCAGCCCCUGUACCCCAGAAGAGGAGCCCCGUGGUCGGGCACACACCCUGGGUCUCGCCCCUCGGCUCCGGGGGAACGGCUGGGGCUCCCUCCAGGCCAGCUCUCUGGUCCUCAACAACCUCAUGUUCAUGACUGCUAAGUAUGGAGACGAGGUUCCAGGUCCAGAGAUGGAGAACGCGUGGAACGCCCUGGUGUCCAAUGAGAAGUGGAGUAACAACCUGCGUACAGCGCUCCAGUUCCUCAUCAGUCUCUGUGGAGUCAGCUCUGAUACCACGCUGCUGCCCUACAUCAAGAAGGUGGUGAUCUACCUGUGUCGUAACAACACCAUUCAGACCAUGGAGGAGCUGUUGUUUGAGCUGCAGCAGACAGACCCAGUCAACCCUGUGGUUCUGCACUGUGAUAACCCGCCCUUCUACCGCUUCGCAGCCAGUAACAAGAUGUCUGCUCACCACUCAGGCACUACGUCCAGCAGUAACACAGUAGUGGCAGGACAGGAGAACAUCCCAGAGACAGAGGAGUCCAAGCUGGCCAGAGAGAACGAGGAGAGGUGGGUCCCCAUCACAGCACCCUUUGGGUCCAAGGCUCACAACAGACUGGAGUCUCGCUACAGUAACAGCUCAGGCGGUUCCUAUGACGACGAGAAGAAUGACCCUCUCCCGCCGUAUGCCGGUUGGCUGAUGAGCGUGUUGGAGACCAAUCGGCCGCAGCCGUUGCCCAUGCCAGUUAACGGAGGUUGCUGGGCGCCGCUGGUGGACUACCUUCCUGAAACCAUCACACCUAGGGGACCACUACACAGGUGUAACAUAGCAGUGAUCUUCAUGACAGAGAUGGUGGUGGACCACAGUGUGAGAGAGGACUGGGCCCUUCACCUUCCACUACUGCUGCACGCCCUCUUCUUAGGUCUGGACCACUACAGGCCAGAGGUGUUUGAACACAGCAAGCGUCUCCUCCUCCACCUCCUCAUCGCUUUAUCCUGCAACAACAACUUCCAGGUGAUAGCCUCUGUGCUGCUGCUCACCAGAGAGAUCAGUGACAACAAAACACUCACCAUCAAAUCCAGCUAUCAGCCAGAGUACCAGUACUCAGGUGGUCCCGACUUCCUGCGGGAGUGGCAGGCGUCCCCGGUGGCUGACUCUGGCAUGAGCUGCUCCUCCAACUCUUCUUCUGCCAGUCUUGGCGGCGGCAGCACGGGGGGCAGUGUGGGUAACCUGCCCAUGGUAACCCCUGACGACCUGGAGGACCUAGAGGACACGGCCAGUGAGGCGGACAACAAGACCAACAAACUGAUAGAGUUCCUAACUACCAGAGCGUUUGGCCCGCUGUGGGUCCACGAAGACAUCACUCCUAAGAACCCCAACUGUAAGAGCUCUGAUCAGCUGUCCAACUUCCUCCGACACGUCAUCUCUGUCUUCAAGGAGUCCAAGUCAGAUUUCCACCUUGAACAGCAGUUGAGUGAUGUAGCGUUGCAGACCGCUCUGUGCAGCUCGUCUCGUCACUACGCUGGGCGGAGCUUCCAGAUAUUCAGAGCUCUCAAACAGCCAAUCAACGCUCACGCUGUAUCCGACCUGCUCUCACGAUUGGUAGAGGUGGUGGGAGAGCACGGGGACGAGGUGCAGGGCUAUGUGAUGGAGGUGUUGCUGACUCUAGAAUCCGUGGUGGUGAACCUGGCUGAGUGUCUGAAGAACAGUGAUCUGAUGGCUGCUCUGACCAGGACCUCCUCCCCAGACUUUUUGACCAAUGAGAAGCUUGAGAAGCAGUUUAACAGGAAGAGCACUGGCCAGCUCAACCUGCCGGGGGUGGGGCUUAGCGGCCUCUCAGCCGAACGCAGCCGACACCAGCGGUCCUAUUCUGUACCCAAAAAGUUUGGUGAGAGCGGCAACCAAUCACACGAUCCGCCUCGCAGCGCUACCCUUGACCGCAUCCAGGCCUGCACCAAUCACGGCCUGGGCCGGCCCGGACGGAGUAUACACGCCUCCUCGGCGUCGACUAAUCGAAUUGAUCCUAGCGUGCUGUCUGAUCCUGCCCACGUGUCCCAUCCUUCGUCCCUAUUGGCUACCGUGUUCUGGGUGGCGGUGUCACUCAUGGAGUCAGAUUUUGAGUUUGAGUAUCAGAUGUCCCUCAGGCUGGUACACAAGCUGCUGUCUAAGGUGCCCCUGGACCGGGCGGAGAACCGUGAGCGUUUGGAGAAGCUGCAGGCCCAGCUGAGAUGGAGUGGUUUUUCUGGACUACAACAGCUGUUGUUAAAGGGCUUCACCUCCCAGACGACCUCUGACCUCACCCUGCAACUCUUCUGUCAGCUCACACCUGUCUCACGAGUCCCCGUGGUCGACACAUCACAGGCUAUAGGUUUUCCCCUGAAUGUGCUGUGUCUCUUGCCUCAUCUUGUGCAACACUUUGGCCACCCCACUCAGUUCUGCAAGGAGAGCGCUGAGAGGAUCGCACAGGUAUGUCUGGAGGAGAAGAACACCAAGCUGUCUCACCUGGCCCAUGUGAUGACCCUGUAUAAGAACAGGUCGUACACGCGGGACCCCUUCUCCUGGGUCAGCGUCGUGUGUCGCUAUCUCCACGAGGCCUUCGCUGACAUCACGCUCAACAUGGUGACCUACAUGGCUGAGCUCCUGGACAAGGGCCUACCCAGCAUGCAACAGUCAUUGCUGCAGAUCAUCUACUGUCUGUUGAGCCACAUGGACAUGACAGUUGUCCAGGUCAGACAGUUCAAUGCUGACGUCCUGAAGACCAUCGAGAAGUUUAUACAGACGGUCCACUGGAAGGAUGCGUUAAACAUUCUGAAGCUGGUGGUGUCUCGGUCAGCCAGUCUGGUCCACCCUGCUUAUAGCCACGCCCACGGUGACCUCUCUAACCUGGAGGUCAGUAGGAUCUGGGACGGAUCAGCCAAGGCCCUGCCCGGCAAGACACUGGACUUCACCUUUGACAUAUCAGAGACUCCAGUGAUCGGGCGGAGGUUUGAUGAGCUGCAGGGGUCAGGGGGUAGAGAGGGGAAGGCCAGGGCUGUGACCCGUAGCACCUCCUCCACCUCCUCUGGUUCUAACUCCAACACCGUCCUAGUGCCUGUCAGCUGGAGGAGACCUCAGUCCUCACAGAAGAGAACUAGAGAGAAGCUGGUGAACGUUCUGUCUCUGUGUGGACAAGAGGUUGGCCUCACCAAAAACCCCUCGGUGAUCUUCUCGUCCUGUGGGGACCUGGACAUGAUGAUGGAGGUUCAGGGGAGCGGCGUGUCUUCGGAGGAGGGAGGAACCAGAGAAGACACGCUGGAUGACACGGCGUCAGAGCAGCAGUUCAGAGUGUUCCGAGACUUUGACUUCCUGGAUGUAGAGCUGGAGGACGGAGAGGGCGAGAGCGUGGAUAACUUUAACUGGGGUGUACGGAGGCGUUCCCUGGACAGCACAGAGCUUGGUGACCUGUUAGAGGAGAGUCAACACUCAGGCAGCACCCCCAGUCUGGGACAAGAAGACCCACAGGACUCUGACCAAUCAUCAGAGGAAGAAGAGUCCUCUACCAGUCAGAGUCUGUCUCACUCACAACUGACUAAUCUCUCUCCGUCAGAGGAGACCAACCACACGGACUCUCUCUCUACGUCGUGCGACACCACGUCAGCCGACCCACAAUCCCUCAACGCCGCCACACCAGGUACCAGCCAGGGACCUCCACACGACGAGCAGGGAGGACUACGGGGUGGUGAUGAUGAAGACACCCAGGGGCAGGACGAUGACCUGUCUCUCAGUGUAAAUGACCUUCCCCAGGGCCAGGACGAUGACCUGUCUCUCAGUGUGAAUGACCUUCCCCAGGGCCUGGGAUCUGACCUGUCUCUCAGUGUGAAUGACCUUCCCCAGGCCCUGGGAUCUGACUGUUGGGAGGGGGAGAGCUUCACUCUGGACCUGGAACACCACGGUCACCAUGGACACAGCAUGGAGCUCUGUAGACCCCCGCUGGGGUUUCUAGACCCUAGCUGUCUGCCCAGUCUUCGUGAUGACGUGGAUGACCUAGAGGACCUUGGUUUUCCUCCUCCCCCCUCACCGUUCUUCUCCGCCAUCUUGGCUGCGUUCCAGCCCACUGUUUGUGACGACGCUGAGGAGGCAUGGCGUUGCCAUAUCAACCAGCUGGUAACCGACUCAGACGGAUCCUGUGCCGUCUAUACUUUCCACGUCUUCUCAUCGCUCUUCCAGAACAUCCAGACUAAGUUCUGUUCCCUGACCAGUGACGCAGCUGGUUACCUAGGAGACGGCCUGAGGGGCAUCGGGUCAAAGUUCGUGAGGUCAUCUGAGAUGUUGACAACGUGUUCCGACUGCCCCACGCUCUACGUAGACGCUGAUACGAUCAUCUCCUAUGGUUUACUAGAGAAGAUGAAGUUCAGUGUGUUGGAGCUGCAGGAGUAUCUGGACACCUACAACAACAGAGAAGAGGCCGCUGUCUCAUGGCUGAGGAACUGUAAGGACACGUUUCCCAGGUGCCCUGGCGAUGGCGUGAUUACCUGUCAGCCAGGAGACUCAGAGGAGAAGCAACUGGAGCUGUGUCAGCGUCUAUACAAGCUUCACUUCCAACUGCUCCUCCUCUUCCAGUCCUACUGCAAGCUGAUUGGACAGGUUCAUGCUGUCAGCGCUGUGCCUGAGCUGCUUAACAUGUCUCGAGAGCUGAGUGACCUAAAGACCAGUCUAAGAGCAGCAGAGGCAGCGGUGGCUAGCAACCUGGAACACACACACCUGGCCCACACCCAGACCCAGGCCUCUGCUGCCCUGCCCAACUUCAGCUCCCCCGAGGCAGCCGUACAGGCCAUCCUGGAGUGCCUCAACAACCAGGAGUUCAGCAAGGCCAUACGCUACAUCCACGAGUGCAGGAGGCUGUGGCCUAACGGUGUGUUUGGCGGUGGGUCAGAGAGCGAGGUGCAGACCCUCCUCAAUGUCUACUUCCGACACCAGACCCUGGGCCAGACGGGGACCAUCGCCCUGGUUGGGUCACGCCAAGACCUCAGCCUUAUCUGUUCCAAGCUGCUGGAGCUCAACGGGGAGAUCCGGGACAUGAUCCGUCGCGCUCAGGGAUACCGGGUGGUCAACACCUACCUCCCCGACUCCUCUGCCUCAGGGACAAGCCUCUGACAGCGGCACAGGAGCCCCCCUCGUACCCCUCAUCCACCCUUAUUAGCCUUGACCCGACAAACCUCAUCCUCCCCGUCACCCCUAUUGCCCCUGAUCUCGUCGCAGAUGGUGCUGUUACCCCCGACCAUAACACCACUACCACCAUCUCUACUGCCCCAAACCCAGCCUCACUUCUGGCCUCUCCCUCCAGCUCGACCAUAGACUUGUCUCUGCCCUUACUCAUAGACUUCUACUGGCCUCCCCCAGACCUCUCCAGACCCCACUGUGAGUGCACAAACAUACAUCAGGCCUCUCACACACACUCGUUACAGUGCAUUCCAAACCUCAGCCCUAACACACACACUCCACUCAAACCAGGUAACACAUUGCCCGACCUUACGCACACACACACAUUUCCUGCUAUCCCACCUCGUGGACCACACCCCCCGUACUCCCCUUACACACAUCCAGAACCAGUCUUAGACACACAAGGUCUGGCCCCUCUCCUUCCUCCUCUUCCUCCUGACCCAGCCCAAGGUGCAGAGGCGGGGUGGGGGUGCUGCUGCGCCAUCGGAGGGGGUGGUACACCCCUGUCCCGUUACCUGGGGAAGGUGGGUCACACCGCCUGGCCCCUGCUCAGAGUGGGGGGGCUCCUGAACCCUAAACAACCCUCUGGUGUUCACACCUGAGGGUCAAUAUACCUGAUACUCACCUGAUGAUGCUGGCCACACCUGAAGAUUUCAACCACACCUGAUGAUUCUGACCAUACCUGAUGCUGACCACACCUGAUGAUGCUGGCCACACCUGAUGAUGCUGACCAUACCUGAAGAUUUCAACCACACCUGAUGAUGCUGGCCAUACCUGAUGAUGCUGACCACAUCUGAUGCUGAUCACACCUGAAGAUCUCAACCACUCCUGAUGAUGCUGGCCACACCUGAAGAUCUCAACCACUCCUGAUGAUGCUGGCCACACCUGUGGAUUAAAAGACCUAAGUCCCCGAGAGAGACCAAAGGGAACACCUGAUGAACCUGAGGAUUUACCUGACCUGAUCUCAGAUUCAACCUGUGAAUGAAAAUACCUGAUCUCAGUGAAACCUUAGGAUGGGGGAAGUAUCUACCUGUUACCACCAGGUAACCUGGGGAUCCUCUACCAGACGCCUCACCUGUGGGUGAAUGUCCCAGAGUCAUAGCUUCUAUUGCACUAACAUGGACUUCUGAGAGGAGAGGAGCCGUUACUACUGAGAGACAUUAAAUCAUGCUGUUUAUCUGUGAGAGAGAUCGAGGCCAAGGACUGGAAGGUUGUAUAUCUCUCACCACGUGUGUAUCUACUGUUUAAAGAGUUUCUUUAGGGGAAAAUGUGCACUGCUUGACCGAGAGGAAAGCUGUAUUCUAGAAUCCACAGCCUCUACUUAGCAUUGGUUACCCGGACGAUGUUUAGUUCUACAACUGACAGAAGUGGGCAUUCACAAUAAAGACUGUUAGGAUCCGUGUGCAUCGCUGCCCCUCCACAUGGAGCUGCAUCGUGUGAAGAGACAGGACACAGACUAGUAUUCAUGCGUUUAAUCUUGUUGCCUGGUUUUCUGAACCUGAACGCUUCUCGUGUAUUAGUGAACCAGCUCCUCGAGACCACUGUAAGACUAGCCUACCUUAGACGAUUAUAUUGAUUAGUAUGUACACACUGGCUAUACGGUGUAGCAUAUUGUGGAUCUACGUACACACACACCAUUUGUUACCGUGACCAUCCUAUAUUGUGAUGUGUGUGUAACUGUGGCAUGGGGAGGGAGAAAGUACAGUUGUACACACUAAAUACUCCGUCAUAUGGAUGUGUGCUGACAUCCACUGGUUUAAAUGUUCUUACCUAAACAUGAGCUACUGUUCAAAUACCUGCUGGGCCCUGUUCCAAUACUUUAAGUCCUUAACUUCCAUCCUGCCUUGAAGGAAUCACUGACCAGGGUGGUUAAGGUUCGAUCAGUGGCCAAGGAAGGAUGCAUUUUUAAAGUAUUGGAACAGGGCCAUAGACACUUCCUGUGGUGGUCAGUCACUUGUGAUUCCUUUCUACACGAGUUCAGUCUAGUCUUAUCUAUACCCGAUUAAGCGCUAUCCUAUUCCUGACCAGCUUUAGAUUUUCCCCCACUUUCCUUCAAUUCAAACUGAUUUAACUGCCAUGCAUGUGUAUAUUGUAACGGACGACAUGUAUUCAGAAGAUUCAUGUUUGUGCGAGAGAAAGUGCGCAUCAAGAAAAAGAAAACACAUUUUUAAAGCGUUGUAGAGGAAGACAGUUUUCACUUUGUAAAUAGUUUUACAGCUUUGUGAAGUCAUUGAGUUGAUGCCAUGUCUCAAAAUAAAGACCUCUCAAAAAGUU